UCACCACUCAUGCACGCUGCCGCGGAGGGACACGAUGAGGUCGUAAGACUACUGCUGCAGAAGCCAUCUAGUCGACUCGAUGACCAAGACGAAGCUGGAUUUACACCGUUGGCUUGGUCGGCCUACAGUGGAAACGCCGCCACGGUGAGACUCUUACUGGACACGGAAGAGGCCGAAAUUGAUACAAAGAAUAACGUCGGCCAUACACCUCUCACUCUAGCUGCGAUUCAAGGCGACGAGGAGAUCUUCAAGCUACUACUGGACCCCGGAGAGUGCGACCUCAACGCUGAACGCACCAAUGAUCAAACCAUCCUGAUCCGCGCUGCCAGGGAAGGCUACCUCAAGAUCGUGGAGAUGCUCCUCGCCACAACCAAAGUCGAUAUCGAAGCCAGAGAUAUCCACAAUCGGACAGCGCUGUUGGCAGCCACUUCUCGUCAUCACACAGAGGUCGUGGCUUGUCUGCUGGAUCACGGCGCUAAUGUCGACGUUAUGGACAAUUGUGGCUGGACGUCAUAA